AUGCUCCGGCUCACCGUCACACUCGCAGCCAAAGUCGCGAUAGACGAGUACCUGCGGCUGCGGAGGGAGCAGUCGGGGAGCUUCACGCCCUCUACUCCCGAAAAGGACGACAGACUUUCACAUGCAGCAGUGGGCAGUCCCAUCGACCAUCACGAUCUGAUCGAUGUUUCGAAAUUUCUGGUCCAAAAUGGCAAGACAGAUGAUGCCGCAAAGGAAUGGCGCCUAGACACCCUGUUGAAAGGGGCGGCAGUAUAUCAACCGCCUCCGCCACCCAGACCCGAGCCUGUAUGUCACCAACUCAAGAUUUUGUUGCUGGACAUUAAUGCCGAGCAUUGAUGCUGACCAUCCAUUGCAGACACCGGAAUACAAGGCUUUGAUGCAACGCCUACGCGAGGAAGAGGAGCGGAGACAGUACGAGCGAAUGAUCAACCCGCCGCCCAAGCCUGAGGCCUUUAGCCAGCGCUUUCCCGGCGCAGGCUCGACCUUCGGGUCCGGCAUCGACCUUGGCCACAAUACUGCUGAUCAGGUCGACGAGGUUACUUAUGCGGAUGUGAACCGCCAGAUGAUACUCAUCAUCAACGUUCUCGUCUCCAUCAUCUGUACGAGCGUCGCCGUGUGGAUGGCAGCUCGCCGCUGGAGCGUUCCGGAGCGUCUCGGACUCUCCUUCUCCAGCAGCACCGUUGUAGCAGUUGCUGAGGUCGCUAUCUACUUGGGAUACAUCAGACGAAUCAAAGACGCCAAGGUGACGGAGAGGAAGUCGAUUGAGACGAAAGAGAUUGUCGACACCUGGGUCAUUGAUGGAAAGUCUACGUCUCAGCACAGCCAGCUUCAAGACAGCCUUCGCUUCAGGAAGGGAAAACAUCGAUGA